AUGGCCCAAAGAGUCCUGUUCGACGCCUUUGGCAGUCACCGCAACGACAACCGAAAGAGAGAAGCUUUGAACUUCAUCAACGGCUUGCUUAGCGGUAGCAGUGGCGACGUCGUCCACCGACGCCGGAGUAACAACAACAACCGCAAUAAGCGCAAAGAACCGAACAAGCGAAAAGAACCGAACAAGUGCAAAGGUCAGCCAGCUACAGAAGAGACGGACGAAGACAAGGUCAAACGACUCGAGGCCGAGGUCAGCCGCUUGAAAGCCGAAGCAGAGAAGCACGGCAAGAGAGCGAAGGAGCUAAGAGAGUGUCAUGAUGGGUUUUAG